AGCUGGUGUGAAAAGGACCGGAGAAAAACCAGGAUCCUCCCCGGCUGAAGAGCACUGUGAGCGGCCCCCCGGCAGCAGGGAUGAGGAUCCGGCUGCAGGGGCGUGGCCACGCCGCCGGCCUCCUCGCCGAGCUCAACCGCUGCCGCCUGUCCCGGCGCUACUGUGACGUGUUCCUCCAGGUCGGGAAUCGAACCUUCGCCGCUCACCGGGCCGUGCUGGCGUGCUCCGGGUCCUACUUCUGCUCGCUGUUCGCCCGGGCGCCCGCCGCCGCCGCCCCCCCCGCCACCUUCACGCUGGAGCUCAUCUCCCCGGCCAACUUCGAGAAGGUUCUGACCUUCGUCUACACGGCGGAGAUCCUCACCGACCUCAUCGACGUGGGGGUCCUGUACGAGCUGGCCGAGCGGCUGGGGGUCCGCGAGCUGGUGCGGGCGUGUCACGCCGUCUUCCCCGACCUGCAGGCGUCGGCCUCGUCCAGCUGUGAACCCAGAAGUCCCGGAGACCCUCGGGACCCCGGCGUCCCCGCGGCAGCUGCCACGGCGUCCGUGUGCUCGUCCGCCGCCUCCUGCUCCUCUCUCUCCUCCUCAGCCGCCCCGACACCUGCCGCUGCUCCCUCUCCUCUCCUGCACGCCCGGGCGAGCAGGGCCGGCGCCGGAGUCCACGCCGCGGCGCCGACUCUGGACCUGAAGGCCGAGGACGCUCAGUCUCACGUCGGCUACGGGCAGGUGGCGUCUGAUCAUCACCUGCCGGGAGGAGAUCUUCUGACCAGCAGCAGCUCCACCCAGAGCCUGAUGCCUCCAGGGCUGCAGCUGAAGACUGAGGAAGAGGAGGAGGAGGAGGAAGAGGAGGAGGAAGAGGAGGCAGGAGGCGGACCGAUGCUCUCUCACAGCUCAGGCGUCCUCGCUCCUCCCGUCUCCUGCUCCUUCCUCGACUCCUCGGCUCCUCCUCCUCUGGGCGGCGUGCAGGUCCGGCGGGCGGAGGGCGGCGUGCUGGAGCUGCAGAGGGACGGAGGGAUGAUGUUCAGAGAGGGGGAGGAGGCGGAGAGCGAGGAGCGAGGGAACGGAGCGGUGGAGGGGACGGAGGAGGAGGAGCAGUGGAGACAGCUGGCGGGGGGGGAGAUCAUCGAGCUGAGCGACGACGAGACCUACAUGGAGGAGGAGGAGGAGGAGGAAGAGGAGGAGGAGGAGCUGGUGUGCGUGGAGAACGGAGGCGGAGGCAGCUCCAGCAGUCAGGUGGGCGGAGACCCUCUGUCCUGUAAAGCCUGCGCCGUGCCCCUCCCUCCGGACCCCGUGGCCAUCAGACGCCAUGCCGACGCCCACCUGACGGAGCUGGGGCUGUGCCGGCUGUGCGGCGCCUCGUUCCCGGACCGAGCCGCGGGCGCCGCCCACUCUCUCUCCCACGUGGGCGUGCAACUGUUCACCUGCGACAUGUGCCACCUGACGUUCUGCAGCCAGAGCAAACUGCUGCGGCACCACCACCAGGAGUCGUCUGGCUACACCAUCCCACAGGAGGCGCUCACCGGCGGCGGCGGCGGCCUGAGUGGCGAGCUGCAGUGUGGCGUGUGCACCACGACCCUCAGCAAGGACUUCCAGACGGUGAAGGACCACCUGCUGAGCCACGUGUGUCCUCAGAGCCUGAGCUGUGGCGUGUGUCCCCUCCCCCCCCAGCCCUCCCUCUGCUCCCUGCUGUGGCACGCCCUCUCCCACCUGGCGCUGCCGGUCUUCACCUGCCCGCACUGCGGCCGCUGCUUCGUGGAGCGCCCCCUCCUGGACAGGCACAUGGCUGCACACGCCGAGGAGGCCGCGGCGAAGGAGAGGGAGCGCCUGGCGCUGAGGACGUACAGAGCUCGGGCGGGUGAGGUCGGGGGGGGGGGGGGCGUGGCCGGCGUGGAGGAGCUGAGCUGCUUCCUGUGUCCGCAGACGUUCCGCUCGGCCUCUGCUUUCCAGUAUCACCUCAGCGUGCACACCAACGAGCCCCCGGGGGGCGGUGGGGGGGCGGGGGGGCCGGGGGGCCACAGCUGGCUGGGCAAACGUAAGGCGGAGUCGUCUCUGGACUGUCCUCCGUCCUCCUGCUCCUCCCCCCCCCCCCGGGACGCCGGCGGCCUGGUGAAGAUGAGCAGCCUGGGCUUCAGCCUGCAGGACCGGUAUCUCCAGGGGUCGGCCCUCGGCUUGACCUCCGGGCUCCUGUCCAACGGGAUCCCAGGGCCGGACGGGGGGGCCGGAGGAGCGGCGGCGGCCCGGGGGAAGUGGUACCGCUGCCGCUACUGCGGGAAGCGGUUCGCCCACUCGGGGGAGUUCACCUACCACCUGCGCAUCCACACGGGGGAGAAGCCCUACCAGUGCAAAGUGUGUCUGCGCUUCUUCCGAGGACGCUCCACCAUGAUCUGCCACCUGAAGACGCACGCCGGCGCCCUCAUGUACCGCUGCACCGUCUGCGGCCUGUACUUCUCCACGCUGAAGCUGGUGUCCUCUCACAUGGAGCUGCACAAGGACCACCUGCCCCCGGACUUCCACAUCGAGCAGACCUUCAUGUACAACGACCACUCCAAAGAGCCGCUGCCGACUCUGGACUCCUGAUCGUCUCCGGGUCGCCGUCC